AUGGUCCUGUCAAUAAUCCGCGCGAGCUGGCAGUGUUAUACUGCGCUCGAGAGGCGCAAUAUAGCCCUCUACAUCCUGGGCAUUAUGCUCUACAAAUUCGGGCUGGAGGCUUUCAAUGGAUCCAUUGUCUCUCUGGCCACCAACAGAUAUGACUAUGACGCGCUGGUCUCUAACUCGACUCCCAAAACCUUUGAACGAGUCGGGCUCCUUACUGGACUUAACCAAGCCUUCCAGUGCAUAGGCGCCAUCCUUAUAGCACCCCUCGUCCGGAGAGCUCCCACAAAAUUAGUCUUGGCAAUCUCCGUUCUCGUUUUUGGUCUCUUCACCGCACUGCUCCUGAUCGUGGAUGCCAGUACCGGAGGGAAAUUCAUGCCCAAGGGUUUCCAGCAUAGCCAUCCCAGGAACGAUUUUUCCUACUAUGGCAAGUACAACACAGACGGGUUAAUUCCCAUCUACUCAGUUACUGGUAUCGCCUACGGGAUGGUAGAACUGAUCCGUCGUGUCAUUCCAAGAGAUAUCGUCGGAGGAAAUGUCCAGAAACUUCGUCGGCUAGAUGCAUUAGUUCACAUCUUUUAUGAAAUUGCUGGAACUGGCGGCGCAUUCUGCACAGCCCUGGCCCUAAUCCCGAAUCUAGGAAACAACUAUUCUUUCAUAAUCACCCCCGUUUGUUUUGCCAUGGCCGCCUGUACAUGGUACUCUAUAACCAACCUGGACUUCAAGCCUCAAGCACAAGAAGUGCUUUCCGAACAUCCUGCAUACGUCAAAUCAAUCGUCGGGUCAUUUCUACUCUUCUUCGAAUCAUUCUGGACGGGCGGCAAGCUCAUAUUCACAAAUCGGCGGUUCAUCUGGCUGUUGCCCGGAUACGCCAUUGCGUUGUAUGGCCACCGCUACCUGGAAAAUGGGAUAGCACCGGCAAUAGCCCGACGAUAUCUGGGCAAUUCAGCCUGGUCGCAGCUGAUCGUUGGGGGCUCGAAUUUGGGCGAACUGAUAGGUGCCUCGUUCGUGUUCUUUUUCACGAACCUCAUUACCACCCCCAUUCCAUGGAUCCGGCUUGAUGCGGUACUGUUGUUGAUAGUAUGGUACUUGCCAUUUUGGUACCCCCCGGCGGGCCAGGUUGACCACGUCUUCAACGAAUCUGGUGGAGCCGAGAAUGGCGGCGACAUACACCUAGCGAUACUGAACAUAGGCGCCGUUCAAUUCACCACCCUGGCAGUGGUUAUUUUGGGCGCGACAUUUGUACCCCAGGGGGCCGUCGCAUUUAACCCGGAGAUAUUGUUCGACCAGAAGCUGGACACGGAAAUAGUCAAGGCUAGCAAGCUGGAUGACGGGAUCGAUAUGCCGAAGCGCCGCAAGGAUAGGGAAUAUACUAAUAACUACUUAACCCUCAAUGGCAGCAGUCACACUAGUCGUCAUGAAGUCUAUGAUGGCGGAAGUCGGCACCAGCGUUAUGCGAAUGUAGCAUAG